GCGGGGAGAGCGGGGAGAGCGGGCACGGGCACUGCUGCCGAGCGCGCCCACCCUGCAUCCAGAACGCUGUGUCCGGGUCUGGGCUCCUCCGCACCAAGAGGCGAGGAGCUCCUGGAGCGGGUCUGUGGGAAGGCAGCGAAGUAGAACGUGUGCUACCAUCAGGAUGCCCGAAGUAAACACAGAUCACCUGGAUGAGCAGCAGGUGCAGCUCUUGGCAGAGAUGUGCAUCCUUAUCGAUGAAAAUGACAAUAAGAUUGGAGCAGAGACCAAGAAAAACUGUCACUUGAAUGAAAACAUUGACAAAGGUUUACUGCACCGAGCUUUUAGUGUUUUCUUAUUUAAUACCGAAAAUAAACUGCUGCUGCAGCAGAGGUCAAAUGCAAAAAUUACAUUUCCAGAUUGUUUUACCAACACUUGCUGCAGUCACCCUCUAAGCCACCCACAAGAACUGGAAGAAAACGAUGCCAUUGGUGUUCGGAGAGCAGCACAGAGACGACUGAAAGCUGAGUUGGGAAUUCCCAUGGAGCAGGUACCUCCAGAAGAAAUCUCCUACCUGACAAGAAUUCACUACAAAGCCAAGUCUGAUGGCAUCUGGGGAGAACAUGAGAUAGACUAUAUCUUAUUUGUGCAGAAGGAUGUGACACUGAAUCCUGACCCCAACGAGAUCCAGAGCUACUGCUAUGUGACACAGAAAGAACUGAAACAGCUCUUGGACAAAGCUGCCAGGAAUGAAGUUAAAAUUACUCCAUGGUUCAAGCUGAUAGCAGAGACCUUUCUUUUUAAGUGGUGGGAUAACUUGAAUAACUUGAACAAAUUUGUUGAGCAUGAAAAAAUACACCGAAUGUAAAUAGCUGGCAAAAAGGUGCUGAAGGCUAGCAGUGAUGUGUGGUCUCAUUAACACUGAUAAAUCAUGAUGUACAUGCAGAGAGUUGGUCCACAUGGAGCAUGUUUAAUUUAUACAGAUGUCAUAGCUAGUGUUUUUUCUUGUGUCUUUGUCACCUCUUACCCCUUGGUUCUCUUGGGCCUUUAAGAUCUCAUGUGAAAUGGGUAACAGCAGCAUGAAACCCCCGAGUUCCUCUUCCUCCGUUGCCUGGUGAAAGAUCCCCAGCCCUCGUGUGCCCUGCACACGUGGGAGGGAGCCCAGGCACCUCCUGCCCAGCUCAGGCAGGAGAGCUGGGUGUUCACUGAAGUUACCCACACCUUAGUGAUUACACAUGACUGUGGGCUCUGCUCUGAUGUUGAGAAGACCAAUUGCCAGAAGAAAAAAAAACAAAGUAAUCAGGAUUAUUUUUAAUUGCAGAAAGCAAAUCUCUUCAGCUACUAUACUCUCUAAUUAACCAAACCCAUAAAAGCUUAAGUAAUUGGAGUGCCUGUGUGGAGUAAGUUUGAUUUUGAAGUGCUGACAUAUGUGUUAAAGCUUUAGAUAAUAACAGUGCUUGGGGUUUUUUCCCCCACCAGGAUUUUCUGAUUAGUUGAUGGUUGAAUACUGGACAUUUCAAAUUAAAAUAAAAAAGUUAAUUACAGCAAAUGUUAAUGGUACCUAUCUAAUGUCAGUAGUCUGUCUUUGGAGACUGGAUGUGCACUAAAUGGCUCUUCUCCAUUUUCCAGGAAACUAGGCAUCUUGAUACAAGGGCUUUUCUUUUCCUGUAAUAGUCAUUCCCAGACAGCUCAAACCCACUGAACCCCAAAAUUCAAGAGUGAUAAUUUGUGAGCUAACACUGGGUCUUGAUGUCAGUUAAUUAGAAAUUACCAGAGCUAAUCCUUUUUGAUCUUCCAGUCAAUCAGUUGCUAGUAACUUCGGAGGCUUUUUUCAGUAAGACAAAUACUCAAGGGUGCUUCAAUUUUAAUUAUGGACUGGGGGGGGGGGGGGAUGGAGGGAGUUUGUGAUUUCUUCUGUUAGCACAUUACUCAAACUAGUUUUUGAGUUCUCCCAGAGCUUGAUUAAAUAGGAUGUUUUGUCAUACCACUUAUCAUUGCAAGUAAACAUGGUUCUAAGGAUUCUGUGUCUGGAUUUGGGGUAAAACUAACUUUUUCCUUGGUCAAAGUUUCUCUUUCUCAUCCCUGUUGUGACUGCAGCGCUGAAGCUUCCUUGUACCAGCACCUCCAGUAGUUGGAGGUUUUGGAGCCAGGUUUGUUGUAUACUGGCCAGAACUGAUGUAUUGUUUCAAAGCAAGUAUCAGGUGAGGGAACAGUGAUGUGAUGUAGCAGCUCUCUUGAAUUCAGUGCAAUCAGCUGUGAUACCCCGCCAUAGGCAAUGUAGUUCUCAAAUACUUUUUAAAUCUAACUUUAUAAUUAAAACAUCUUGCCUAAA